GUGGAUUAUCGUGCAGACAAACAAGUAGACAUGAGGUGAGUCUAAAAAUCCAUAUUUUCUGGAGAACAAAAUGUCAUACAUGUGUGAAUGUAAUUGAAGAAAAUGUGUUUGUUAUAACUCAUAAUAGCCCAAAUACAGUAUCACACGUUCUCAAAUGAGCAUGUUACUCAAUGAAAACAACAGUCUUAUAUAAAGUACUGAAUAGAAGUAUAUGACAUUUACUGUACUUUAGUAUGAAAAGUAAUUUUCUUAAAUAUAAAAUGUACUCAAGUUUUAGAAGUAAAAGUAAAGGUUUUAGUGUAUAUGUGUCACUGUGUUGAAGCGUGUGAAUGGGUGAAUGGCAAAGGUAAAGGUACACAAUUUAUUUAGGAAAUGUUGUGGAGUAAAAGUAGCUAGAAAAAUAAAUGUAACUAAAAAAGUAACAAAGGGGGAAUUUUGUGCUUAAGUACAGUAACAAAAUAUUUGUACUUUGUUGCAUUACAUUUGUUACAUUACAACAAUGGAAAAUCCAACGUGAAAUUUUGUUACUUUUCUGUAACGCCAACCCUUUUGUGUGAGAUAACAAGAUACGAGAAACUAUCACAUUAUUAAACAAUCUUAUCUGGAAAUAACGUGACAGUUUCUCGUUAUAACGAGAAAACAUCUUAUCUCGAUAUAACGUAAUAUUGAGCACCUUGUUUUUGUGUAUGUGUGACAGCAAUAAGCUUCCGUAUGAAACAAACUUGCUUACAUAAUUUUUAAAACCUUUACCUCGAGCCUAACACCGCCCACGCUUAUCUGGAAGACACUCCCCCUAAUAACCUCAGUAAAAAAAAAUAUGUUUGCAGGUGAAGCUGCUCAACUCUCAUUCUGUAGUUUACUGAGUUCACUGUACUGUCACUGUGGUCACAUCAUGGGAACUUAUGCAAAAAUUCUGGCGGCAAGUGUAUGUAUUGUUUUCCUUGCUAUUAAGUGGAGCGCACCUACCUUUGAUGCAGAAUCUCUCAAAGGUGCCAGGGUAUUGGUGACUGGAGCCAGCACAGGCAUUGGUGAGCAAAUGGCAUAUCAUUAUGCUCGCUUUGGAGCCCAGAUAGUUAUUACAGCAAGACGGGAAAAGGUGUUACAGCAGGUGGCAGAGAAGUGCAAGAGUUUGGGAGCCCAGCAAGUGUUUUACAUAGCAGCAGACAUGGGCAACGACUCAGACCCUGAUAAAGUGGUGGAGUUUGCUCUGGAAACGUUUGGUGGACUGGAUUACCUGGUUCUCAAUCACAUCGGCCCAACUCCCUUUGGCAUGUGGGAGGGAGAUGUAGAACAUGUCAAGUGGCUGAUGAAGGUCAAUUUCUUCAGCUAUUUACAGAUGGCUUGGAGAGCUUUGGACUCCCUUGAGCAAAAUAAAGGAUCAAUUAUCGUUGUUUCAUCACUUUUAGGUAAACUGCCAAGUCCCUUUGUGGCACCAUAUUCCUCAACAAAAUGGGCCUUGAAUGGUUUCUUUGGAUCCCUUUACCAUGAGCUGUGGAUGAAGAAAAGCAACGUGUCCAUCACUAUAUGUACACUUGGACUGAUCGAUACUGAGUCAGCUAUGUCGAAAGUCAAGGACCUCACGACUGCACCAGCAUAUCCUGCUACAGACGCAGCUUUGAACAUCAUCACUGCAGGAGCUUUGAGAGAGGCAGAGCUCUAUUACCCCUAUUUCACUUACAUUGCGGCUUUAACCAAAGACUGGUUCCCUUCUAUCACAAACUAUUUCAUUCGGGCCACCUUCAAGUACAACACAUGAAUUGUUUGAACGUGGUUAUUUGUAGGUCAAUAAAUAAAUACAUUUUAUUAUAAAUGUAUAAAACACUAUCAUAUAUUCUUGAUAUAUUAUAUAAUAUGAUAUUUAUCAUAUAUAUUCUGUUUAUAUUCUACCUAGUUAAUCAAUAUAUGCAAUUGUGAUUUACCCAAAGUUUUCCUUAAAUCUCUAAUUUUCCAGUUGGAAAAUCAGCAAACUGUUAUUAUAAAUUGAGGCUGGUAAUGUCCUUGUCUUGUUUUAAGGAGAGGUUAAAUCGUUAAAUACGUUCAGGGGAGAAUAGGUAUAAAGGUAUUGUAAUCCAGAACUAUAUUGGAAAAGGAUUUUCAUUUGUAAUUAAUUAAGCACAUAUGCAAGUAGUAUGGGAAAAGAGCUACUAGUCAGAAUUAAGUAUUACCUUGCAUGGCCACAUGAGGGCAGUAGUGCUAAAUUAGUGAAGUGAAAUUGCCUCCUUUCUACAGGAAUCAGUGAAGUCAUUCCCUGUUGCAUUUGGAAAAUGCAUUUGGUGCUUAUUUUGUUCCAAAUCAUUAAGUCUGUUGUUGUUUAAAGACUUUCAAAUCAACUCAAAGAUCACUAUAAGCCAACAGGACACAACAUCAACAUUCUCUGAGGUCCAAUAAUAAACUUGCAUCUUAAAGAAUCCCCUACUGAAACUUCCAUAAAGAUGUGUAUGAAACUAAUUUAACAGUCCUAAUAUAAUCCCAAAACUACAUUGGAAAUGUAAUUACCAGUGCAGGAAACUGCAGUAUAUUGAGAGUCGUCAGAAUUAGAGGUAUUACUUUGUAUGGCCACAUGAGGGCAGUAGCACUAAAGUGGUGAUAUAAGUUUACUGCCUUUCUACAGGAAUUUGUUGAAGGAAAGGGGCAAAGGACCAUGUAUUUUAUGUUCAUUUAGUCCAGAUUAAUAAAGUCUGUUGGUGUUAUGGGCUAAAUAUGUC